AUGAAAAUAAAAAUCAAUUUAGAUGAUUUAUUAUUGAAUAAAGAUAAAUGUGAAAAUACUAUUUAUUUGUUAUAUAAAAAUAUGAAUUUACGAACAAAUAUUAACUUUUUAAAUGAUAUUGAUACAGUGGAAAAGUUAGAUGUUAAUGAUUUUAUUCAAAAUGUCAAAAAUCUCUAUGAAAAAUUACGAUUACAAAAAUGUAUAAAUAUCAAUCAGAAUAAGAAUGAAAUACCAAGGAAAAAAAUUGAUUUAAAUGAAAGUGACUACAAUAAAAAAAUAUGUGUUAUUUAUUUAAUUUCCAGACAGAUUAAUGAUAUUGAUGAAAUGCAAAUAAAGAAUGGAUAUAAAAUUAUCGUAUUAAAGAAUAAUGAAAACAAAUUUACGAUUUAUUUUCGAGAUAUUAUAAAGUUUGAAAUUCGAAAUCAUUUAUUAAUUAAACAAAAUUUAAUUGACAUACUGAAAAAUCGGAAGUUUGAUGACGAAGGAAUGUUAUCAAAAGAAAAUGAACAGUCUAUUUAUAAAGAUAUUUAUAAAGAAAUUGCAUCAGACAACGGAUUUAUAAAAUAUUCAACUGAACAAAUUGAAUCUUUUGUCAAAUUAAAAGAAUUAGUCAAUGAAAAAUUAAAUUUAUUAGAAAAUAAUUUAGAAUUUAAUUCUUAUCAAUAUAUUAUCAACUAG